AUGAACUCCCCCCCGUACUUCUACCUUUUCGGCACCUCCAUAUCGCGCUCGCCCUCGCCCCUGCUGCACGGCGCCGCGUUUCGGCACCUCGCGCUGCCCUACCGGUACGAGCUGUUCGAGACCGACUCGGCCGACUCGAUUCUGGCGGCGCUGCGCGAGCCGAGCACGCUCGGCGCGUCCCGUGACCGCCCCCUUCAAGCCUCGCGGCGACCCGCCGGCGACCUCGAACCCAUCGAGCGCCUCGAGGACGGGUCGCGCGUCGCGCUCAUAUUGGGCGCCGGGGGCAUGGCGCGCGCCGCCGCCUACGCUCUCGAAAGCAUGAACGUGCUCUUCGUCGUGCACAACCGCACCUUCGCUCGAGCGAAGGACUUGGCCGACCAAUUCGGCGGCGUCGCUGUCAAAAAAAUCGACUUUUCUACAAAACUUGACAUCGUCAUCAACACUGUGCCAGGAUCCCCCGCUUCUAUUCCCGCCGAGCUGCUCCACGACCAAUCCAUCCUGCUAGAGACCGUCUACUCGCCAAGAGAGACGAACCUCACGAAGUCCGCCAAAGCCGCCAACUGUCAACGCGUCGUAGAAGGCAUCGAAGUCCUGGUCGAACAAGCCAUCUUCCAAUCUGAACGGUUCCUCAGCCACCUCUCAAGACCAGGCGUCGCCGCACCCCCCGUACCCAUCCGAGCCAUGAUAAGCGCGCUCGCCGAGUCGUCAGACGACCUAGCCAACGACCUGCCCUGGUCCCUUCAAUCCCGCCUCGCGCCUUCUCUCUGCUGA